AUGGAGUUUUGGGGGCAGCUGAUAGCCCUGGGGUGCUGUUUGAUCACAACGCUUAGUGCUCAGAAGGCUCCUGAUAAUGCUGUCUACUAUGCAUGCAACAGAACCUCUAUUGGCUUGGCUGUUAAGAUUGACCCCCUGGGCACAGGGUUGAGGCUGAAUCCCUCAAGACUCUUCCUGGGGACUUGUAAUCCUUCCAGUACCACAGCCCUAAGAGGAUACUUUGUGUUUGAAUACAAGUUAUCAGAGUGUGGCUUCACCACUCUGGCAUAUGGCAGUAACGUGAAUCAUCUCAUAGAUCUGGUUUACAGUCCUUCUGGCAGUGUUCAAGAAUACCGCCAGCCAUUUGUAGAACCCGUAACAUGUUUGUUCAACAGGUCUCUUACACCUACUGUGUCACCAAAUGUUCCAGUAUUUGCUCAGCUGUCAGGAGAGGGUACUCUUAUUUUCUUUGCUGAAAUAAAGAAAGAUGACUUCUCUGGACCUUCUGACGCUAAAGAAUUUGUUUUGGGAUCAUCCAUAUCUGUGGAGCUUUCUGUGGAAACUGCCCAGCACCAGCCUCUCCAGAUUUAUGUGGAUAAAUGCAUAGCUGCACCAACACUCACACUUACUGCUGCCACACAGACCUACAAGCUUAUUGAUAACCAUGGGUGUUUUAUAGAUGGUAGAGAAGCCGCUUCUACCUUUAAGCCACGUCCAUCUACAAAUGUCAUCAGGUUGACCUUCGAGGCUAUGCGUUUUAUAGACUUUGAUACAGAUGUAUAUCUUCAUUUUCAUGUUUUAGUUUGGGACCCUAAAGUACAAAAUGACCCUACAAAAAAGGCAUGUUCUUAUCUCAGAGAAUCAAAUAGGUGGGAGCUCCUUGAUAAUCCGACACGUAGUUCACUCUGUAGCUGCUGUGAUUCUGUCUGCAAGAACACCAAUCGGAAGAAAAGAAAUGUAGAGGGUGUUGAAGAGCAGUCCGGUUUGCAUCAUGUUAUGGUCCUUGGACCUUUAAAGUUUCAGAGGCAGUCUGUUCCUGGGCAGAACUUGGAUGGAAAUGUCUCAAAAACUGUCCCUGCACAGCCAGGCUUGCCCAUACCACCUGCCGUUGGGGCACUCCUCCUGGAGGUGCUUGUCCUGUUGGUGUUGUCCAUCGGAGUUGCUGUGUAUAAUCGUAAACCGAAGACCCAGGAAGCUGAGGCAGCUAAUCUCUUGUCAGCUGAAAGUUAUGAACCCCAAAAGUAA